CCUGAAAGAAGAAAGAAAAAUUAAAUCUAAUGUGGAUAAGGAAGCUUUCGUUUGUAAGGGCGUUUUCUUCACAGACGAUGGGGCAAUUUGUGGCUCCCAGCGCUCGCGGCCAUGGCAACCCAGCAGCUGGGAUCCCAGGCGCUCCUCCUCGACAGGCGACGCGCGCACGACCGCGAUCCAGCGCGCUACAUUCGCGCGCAGCGGCUGUGCGCCCGGGCCGGAUUGGAGAAGGGAUCGUCCAAGAAAUCGGCGGCAUUGGCGACGGGAGCCAAGAUCGCAGCCGCGCCUCUGGUAAUCUACACUGCCGCGCAGGGAUCAGCGUACGCCGUGACUGCGGAGGAUGUGGCUGGGACGUUUAACAAGGUACAAGAGUUUGCGAGCACUGUGACUUCCACCGCUGGAUCCACGUACACUGUAGUGUCUGGAGCUCUAAAGCAAGCUUAUCAGUUCGUCAAGCCUCUUGUGGACAUCGCGCUUCCAAUCGUCCAGAAAACUUCUGAUAUAGCGAUCAAGGCUGCCGCGCCGGUGGCUUCCAGCGUUGCGUCCGAGGCCAUCAAAGCGCUCGAGAGCGUUGGUGUGAAUACAAAGCCGGUGCUGGAGGCUGGACAGACUGCGGUCACGGUUGCUGGACAAGCAGCCCAGCAAACAGGCUCGCUGAUCGAAGGAGCGACACCUGUUGUGUCGACAACUUUGAGCUCGCUCCUAGCGUCUGAUCCUGUGAUCCUUGCUGGUGAGCUAGGAGCGGCUGUGUUGCUUUUUUUGCUUGCUCCGGGAAUCCUCUCGAGUCUCGGAAUAGCCGCUAGAGGUUACAAAGGUGACCUGACGGCUCCACAGGCGCUUGAUUACAUUUCGAACAGCAACUAUUUCCUCAUUGACGUUCGAUCGGAGAAAGAGAAGUCCAAGUCUGGAACACCAAGCCUGCCGAACAAGGCCAAGAGGAACUUCACAGCAAUACCGAUCGAGGAGCUCCCUAGCAAUAUCCGAUCGCAACUUCGCAAUCCACGCACAGUGGAGGCCGAGCUAGGCGCCAUCAAGAUCUCGGCGCUCAAGAGAGUUAACAAAGGGACAAACCUGGUCAUCCUAGACUCCACUGGCAACAUCUCCAAAGUCGUCGCGAAAUCGCUGUCCGGCCUGGGCUUCAAGAGCACAUGGACCGUCCUCGACGGAUUCGAUGGCAGCCGAGGCUGGCUCCAAAACCGGCUGGGAACCGAGUCCUACUUCUCGUCACUCACGCAAGUUCUCUCGCCAUCGCGGAUCAUCCCGCCAGCCACCUCCAAGCUCUUCAAGUCCGCGUCGGGCUCGUCUCGAUCCACGGCCGUGGUGGACGUGGCCCCCAGAAACAGCAGGCUCCUCCCCAGUGGCGAGUAAAACGAAAGAGUUUGCGUGAUGUCCAGUAUAAAGGGUGUUAUUAUAUGAUCGUCAAAUAUUUCUUAGAGCUAUGGUUCUUUCUACUACAAGUAAUAAGAGUUAGCUUAGCGUA